AUGUUAGACAGCAAAGAAAAUUACAUCUUAAAUUUGAACUUAAAAAUUAUUAGGUAAAAGCUUACCAUUCCAAAAUAUAUGAACAAAAAGAUUAUUGGGGGACCAACAGAAUAAAGAAAAUUUGAGCUAUCAUACCCAAGAUAUUCAAAAUAAUGGUUGUAAGGCUAGUAACUAUCAGAAUUUUACAGCACAAAUAUUGUCUAUAUCUGA